UCCCUCCGCGGCGGAGUGGAGGGCGUCUUGGCGAGUGCCGGUCCGGAAAGAGAACGAGGAGGCGGCGGCGGCGGAGCAGGAGGGAUCCCGCGGGGGAGGCGGGCCCCGGCCCGGUCCAGCCAUGGAAGCCGAGGAGAGCGCUGUGGAGAGCAGCAGCGAUGCGGCCCCCCGUUUGGGGCCCCGGGAGGAGCCCUCGGAGAGCGGCCUGGGCAUGGAGGGCUCGGAGGCCGUGUCCGCCGACAGCAGCGAUGCAGCCUUGGCACCCGGCACCGCCUUGGAAGCUGACCAGUCCGGCAUGGGACAGAGUUGGGACCACAGGGGGGCCCCUCUGGCCGAAAUGCCCGAGAGCAGCUCCAGCGCGGACGCCUUUCCUAGGGCCUACUUGCCGGACUCCUCCUCCAUCGCCCGGCCCCGAGGGGCCUCGGCCGUGAGCCAGUCUGUCCCGGCCUCUCGCUCCCCGCAGGGCCUGGUCCACUCCAGCGCCCUCCCCGAAGGGACUCCCGUCGUCUCCAACUCGGCGGCCUCCACCUCCUCCGACCUGGGCUCCGCCAUCGACAAGAUCAUCGAGUCCACCAUCGGCCCGGACAUCAUUCAGCGGUGCAUUGCUGUGACGAGCGAGGAUGACGGCGGGGCACAAACCACCCAGUACCUGAUCCUGCGAGGGCCGGAUGACGGUGCCCCUGAGAUGUCGCAGGUGGCCAGCUCAGUCCUGGCGCAUAGCUUGGCGUCGGAGGCCCUGGCAGAGGGCCCCACCUCGACCUGCACGGAGCCCCCUGUGGCCCCGGAAGAGGAGGAGGAGGAGCAGGGGGAGAAGGAGCUUCUGUUGCCUCCGCCGGAGCCUUCUUUGCCUGGGGAGCCUGACCUGGAGAGCCUAGAGGAGCUGAUGGAGGUGGUGGUGGUGCAGCGCUUCCGGUGCAAGAUGUGCCGCUACAAGAGUGCCUCCAAGCAGACCCUCAUCCACCACAUGCGGGAGAGGCACUUCCAGCCAGCUCCAGCCCCUGGCCAGAAAAGGGGUCGCCCGCGUAAAGGGGUCCUUGCGCCAAAGGAGCCAGAUGGAGAAGAGGAGGAGGAGGAAGAGGAAGAAGAGGAGGAGGAGGAGGAGGAUGACAUUGUGGACGCAGGCGCCAUCGACGACCCCAAAGGCGACAGCGACUACAACCCGUCAGAAGACGAGCCCAAGGGGGGCCGCCUGCCCCGGCCCAGCUGCCGGCCCCUGCCCUCCUCCAGCCAGGAGCAGCGCCUGCGCCGCCGACCAGGGAGGCCCCGCAAACACCCGCGCCUGGAGGGGCCCCCUCCGCACCAGCAGCCACAGCCACAGCAACAGGAGGGUGGCAAAGUGGAACCGGUGGUCUCCUCCCAGUGUGGCCCCCAGGGAGGCCCCCAGGGUCCCGAGGCGGCCACCUCCUCCUCCUCCUCGGACCCAGUGCCUGUGGGGGACCCGGGCCUCGCGGAGCCCAUUGUGAGCCAGUCGGACUCGGAGAACAGAGAUCCGGCCUCCCAAGAGGAGGAAGAGGAGCCCGAAGCACUUCUACCCCGGAGGCGCGGGCGGCCCUCCCACCGCUUCCUGGGCAAGAAGUACCGCAAGUACCUGGGGAAAAGGUACGGCUACAAGUCGUCGAAGCCCCUUCUGCGGCCCUUCCUCUGCCGGAUCUGCGGCUCCCGCUUCCUGACGCAGGAGGACCUGCGCUUCCACGUGGGCUCCCACGAGGCCGGGGACCCCCAGCUCUUCCGGUGCCUCCAGUGCAGCUACCGCUCCCGCCGCUGGUCCUCCCUGAAGGAGCACAUGUUCAACCACGUGGGGAGCAAGCCCUACAAGUGCGAGGAGUGCGACUACAGCAGCGUCUACAGGAAGGAUGUCAUCCGCCACUCCGCUGUCCACAACCGAGACAAGAAGAAGAGAGCCGACCCGCCCCCCAAGCGCAGCUCCUUCCCCUGCCCCAUCUGCGACCGCGUCUAUUCGAUGCAGAAGCGGCUCACGCAGCACAUGAAGACGCACAGCAGCGAGAAGCCCCACAUGUGCGACAAGUGCGGGAAGUCCUUCAAGAAGCGCUACACCUUCAAGAUGCACCUGCUGACCCACCUCCAGGCCGUGGCAAACCACAGGUUCAAGUGCGAGUUCUGUGACUACGUCUGUGAGGACAGGAAGCUGCUCCUCAACCACCAGCUCCGCCACGUCAACGACCGGCCUUUCCGCUGCAGCCUCUGCCCUUACGCCACCGUCCGCGAGGACUUCCUGCUCUCCCACACCGCCGUCAAGCACACAGGAGGGAAGCCCUUUGCCUGCGAGUUCUGCCACUUCACCACGAGGCACAAGAAGAACCUGCGCCUGCACGUGGGGGGCCGCCACGCAGAGCGCUUUGAGGAGUGGGCCCAGCGCCACCCCCAGGAGCCCCCCUGCCGCCGGCGCCCCUUCUUCACCCUCCAGCAGAUCGAGGAGCUCAAGCAGCAGCAACAACAGCACAGUCCGGCCGGAGCUGCCCUCCCCACGGACCCCAGCACAACGGUGGAAGGAUGGCUGUUUUGUUUUUGGAAAUUUCUUUACAUGGCAUACAGUGACAAUGAUGAGGUUAUUCUAUUCUUUCCCCCUUCCCAAAAUCCACUCCACCCACCACUUGUUCUCCUGCAGGUCACCUACCAGGCCGUACAGGCCCCCCCUGACCCACCGCAGACCCCCGUCCUCUCCCAGGAGCCUCUGGAGGAGACCACCAUCAUCUAUGAGCCAGAUGUGGAGGGCUCUGCAGAGUUGGCCACACAGACAGCGCUGGACCUGCUGCUAAACAUGAGCAGCCGCCGGGAGAUGCCCGCCAGCACUUUGGAGGACCACCUCUGCCCUCGCUGCUUACCUCCUCCGAAGGCCAUUGGGUUUUCCAAGGAAGCGUCUCCGGAAGCCAACUCCCAGCAGCGCUGGGGAGUGGUUCCAGCCAUGGAAGCCGAGGAGAGCGCUGUGGAGAGCAGCAGUGACGCGGCCCCCCGUUUGGGGCCCCGGGAGGAGCCCUCGGAGAGCGGCCUGGGCAUGGAGGGCUCGGAGGCCGUGUCCGCCGACAGCAGCGAUGCAGCCUUGGAAGCUGACCAGUCCGGCAUGGGACAGAGUUGGGACCACAGGGGGGCCCCUCUGGCCGAGGGAGAGCCCCAAGGCGUGGUUCGGUGGCCGCUGGUGCAGCGCCUGGCCUGGGAGGCCCACCGGACCGUGGCUCUGGCUGCUGGGGAUCAGGACCCGGGCCCCGCCCAAGCGGAGGGGCCCCUGCUGCAGAGUGGAGCGGCCAAGCGGCCCCCGAGCAAAACCCGCACUGCCGGCCCCAAGAGGCUCCCGGGGAAAGGCGCCGGCGGGUCCUCCUCCUCGGCCAAGAUCUUCUCCUGCAAGACCUGUUCAGCGACCUUCACCGGCCGGGCCGAGAUGGAAAGCCACAAGAAGGCCCACGCGGGGCCCGGGACCUUCAAGUGCCCCGACUGCGGCUUCACCGCGGCCGCCUGGCAGGAAGUCCGGAGCCACAUGGUGCAACAUGCCAGCCUCCGGCCCCACAAGUGUCCGCACUGCACCUUCGCCUCCAAGAACAAGAAGGACCUGCGCCGGCACAUGCUGACCCACACCAAUGAGAAGCCCUUCGCCUGCCACCUCUGCAGACAGAGGUUCAACCGCAAUGGGCACCUGAAGUUCCACAUGCAGCGCCUGCACCGGGCAGAAGGGACGCCCUCGGCCGAUCCGCCCCCCGCCUCUGCCCCCCAGACCAUCAUCCUGAGCAGCGAGGAGGAGGCCUUGGCCACCCUACAGAGUGCCCUGCAGUCCGGCCAAGCCGUCCUGGCCCCCGACCGGCUCCAGCAAGCCCUGGGCCAGGAGCACAUCAUCAUGACGCAGGAGCCCAGCCCCAACGGACAGGAGGAGGCCACCUACAUCCAGGAGAUCAUGACAACGGCAGAUGGGCAGAUGGUGCAGCACCUGGUGACCGCGGAGAAUCAGGUCCAGUACAUCAUCACCCAGGACGGCGUCCAGCCCCUCCUCCCCCACGAGUACGUCGUCCUGCCGGAGGGGCACCACCUGCAGGUGCAGGAGGGGCAGAUCACCCACAUCCAGUACGAGCAAAGCGGGGCCUUUGUGCAGGAGCCCCAGAUCCAGUAUGUGCCGGUCUCGCCAGGGCAGCAGCAGCAGGUGGUCAGCCAGGCCCAGCUGGAGGCGGCCGCUCACUCGGCGGUGACAGCAGUGGCCGAUGCAGCCAUGGCCCACACCCCGUUCGGCACGGAUCCCACCGCGGACCAGAUCCACCAGCUGCAGCCGGGCGUCCACUACGACAUCAUCACUUUGGGGGAGUAGCAAGGUCACCCCUUUGCGGGAGCUGCACCAGAAGAGGACCUCGCGAUGGAUGGACGCGCCCGGCCUUCUUUGUGGCGUUUGCUCAGC